AGUUUACAUGUUGUGUCAGUAGGCGCUAUGGAUGAAUAACUGCUUUUCUGUGAAAGGGGAACAUGGGUAACACUGGGAGUGAGGUGAUGCAGAAGCGGCUGGACCGCUUCCGUCCAGAGGAGCGUCCCGUCGUCCAGGGGGUCUUUGACCGCAUUCAAGGCAACCCUGGCCCCCCAGGAGCCCCGGGUAAAGCACAGGCUGGAAAAACUUUAACACUUAACAUGCUGCAGGCAUCCAUGGGCAGCCUGGUGCCAGAUCCUAUGGUUAGGAGGGUUUACAGAUGUUUGUGUAGCAUCAACCCUGGACUGGCAGCGGAUCCAUCCACAGGGAAAACCAGUGCCUCUCCUGGUCCUGGUCCUGGUCCUGGUCCUGGUCGGGAACAGCUCAUCAUCUUCCUAGCAGACACCCUGCGAGGCACUGCAGAGGAACGGGCUCCCCUUGUCAUGUCCAUGUCCCAGAAUGUAACAGGGGCAUCAGCGUUUGUCACCUGUGAGCAGGUCGCGGAGUUCUUACAGGACCUGAUCUCUGCUGUAGUUCAGAUUGUGGUCAACAGAGGGCGCCUCCAGGGCUGGAAACAUGAGAAGAUGGGUGAUCUGUCUGUGGGUGUCAAACUCCUGUCAGAGCAGAUGUGUUCUGAACUCAAACCAUCAGACCAGGGCUGUGAUGUCUCCUGUCUGGAGGACUGGAUCUUCAGAGUGUCCAAUGUGUCCUUGUACCUGGAGAUGAUGGUGGCUGAAGGGCUCAGUGUGUCCCUGAGCGGUCGACCACCCCCCACACUGCUGCCCCCCUGCAGCCAGACGCCCUGGACAGACCUCCGCUGUCUACUGGACCUUCCAACACUCAUGUUUCUGGCACCACAGUGUCCAGACAGAUACAGCGCCCCCUGGAGGCUUGUGUUUUCCACUCAGCUGCAUGGGGAGAGUUUCACCAGGAUGAUAUCUGGUCUGACAAAGCGGGGACCCACCGUCCUACUCAUCAGAGACACAAAGGGACAUGUGUUUGGGGGCUUCGCCUCCCAGGGCUGGGACGUCAAACCUCAGUUCCAGGGUGACUCCAGAUGCUUCCUGUUCACUGUCAACCCCAGACUCAGAGUUUAUACAUCGACAGGAUACAACGAACACUUCAUGUACCUCAACCAGAACCAGCAGACCAUGCCCAAUGGACUGGGGAUGGGCGGUCAGCACAACUACUUUGGCCUUUGGUUGGACAGUGACUUUGGCCGCGGUCACAGUCGUGCUCGGCCCAAAUGUACGACCUACAGCAGCCCUCAGCUCUCUGCAGACGAAGACUUCACUGUGGACGCCAUGGAGGUCUGGGCCGUCGGAAAACUCCCAGAACCAGAGGAGGGUGAGGAGGUGGUGGGUAAGAAGAGUAUCCUAGAUGUGGAUCCAGAGGUUCAGGCCAUGAUGGAGAUGGCAGGAAAGACUCUUCACAGCCAAGGCCUGAGGGAACCUGAAGAAGACCAGGAUCAAUAACAGGCUGUUUUUACUGAGACCUGAUGACAUUUCGACUCUGAACUUCUUCAAUCGUAAAACCUUCACUCAUUUCAUUUCAGCACAAAAUGACUGGAAAUGUCAAAAAUGGAGCAACAAUUCCAUAUUGAUCUUCAGUAUUCCUGUUGGGUUUAAGAGACUUUUUUUGUGCACUUGGAUGCGAUAGCACCCACAGGUCUAGAUAAAACUGUAAGACAGGAGGCGCUGUUGAGCCAUUCCUAUAAAAGCAUCAAAUUAGCCACGUUGCAACACAAAGUCACCAUUCUGAUAACUUUGCACUGAUCAAAUCUGGGCAUACUCAGUUGAAUUUACAAUUUAUAACAAAAUUCAACAACUGGAAAUGGCAGAAAAUGCUAACUGAAAUCAGAACCUCCUGUUGUGUUCUGGGGGCUCAUUUGUGCAUCUCCAGACAAAUUUCAUCUUGGUGAAACCUCAUGCAGGAAAUUAUCUCAAGCCCAAAUUAUGUGAAUUAUGUAGCACAUUUAACCCAUAAAUAUUUGAGCUGUUUGUAGGUGGGUUGUUACUUUGACUGAAUCUUCAAUAAAGUGGGUUCAGUAUUAAUAAAACAGGCCAGUCAUCAGUAGGAACAAGACUGGGUUCCACUUUAUAGAUCAUUUAUUCUUGAGGUAUCACAUUACAUGUAUUUAUUAGAUUGUAAAUACAUAAAUAAAUAAUGAGCUGCUAUAAAACUGCAGAAAAAGGCUGCAGUGACUUGGCAAAUAGGGAAUCUACCUUAACUGUUUUUCAGAUUCAUGCACUAAGACUUAAUAUUGUGGUUUGCAAUAAAACACACCUUUACUCUAAAUAUUAGCAACACAUUAACGAUUGGUUUGACAUGUUGACGAUAAAC